UUGACCCGGCUCCGCGGUCAUGGCCUCUCUGCCACUUACUAUGUCCCCUGAGCCCAUGACCCCUGUGCUCCGGUCCUUUUGCAGACCUGCGGAGGCAGUGGCGAUGUUGUCAGACACUCAGGCAGCGCCAGCGGAAUCCGAGGACGCGGAACUGCGGUGUCGCGUGGCAGUGGAGGAGUUGAGCCCGGGCGGGCAGCCGCGAAGGCGCCAGGCCCUACGCACAGCUGAGCUAAGCCUGGGUCGUAACGAGCGCCGCGAAUUGAUGCUGCGGCUGCAGGCUCCGGGGUCCGCGGGGCGGCCGCGCUGCUUCCCCCUGCGCGCGGCGCGCCUCUUCACGCGCUUCGCCGCUGCCGGGCGCAGCACACUGCGGCUCCCCGCCGACGGCGAACCCCGCGCGGGCGCCGUGCAGCUGCUGCUCUCCGACUGUCCCGCGGACCGCCUGCGCCGCUUCCUGCGCACGCUGCGCCUCAAGCUGGCGGUGGCCCCAGGUCCCGGCCCUGCCUCCGCCCGCACGCAACUGCUUGCUCCUCGGCCCCGCGACUUCGUCACCAUCAGCCCUGUGCAGCCCGAGGAGCUGCGGCGCGCGGCGGCCAUCCGGGCUCCGGACACUUCGCCGGUGAAGCGGCCCAUGGAGCUCCGGGCGGGAGCCGAGCCCAGCACCGGGAGGACAGGAAUUGCGGGGGAAGCUCCAAAGUGGCCCCUGCCUGUAAAGAAGCUGAGCUUGCCCCCCACCAAACCACGGCUUUCCCAGGAACAGGCUGCUGUGCUGAGGACAGUCCUGAAAGGCCAGAGCAUUUUCUUCACAGGGAGUGCAGGGACAGGGAAGUCUUAUCUGUUGAAGCGUAUCCUGGGCUCGCUGCCUCCCACAGGCACUGUGGCCACGGCCAGCACUGGGGUGGCAGCCUGCCACAUUGGGGGUACUACCCUCCAUGCCUUUGCAGGCGUUGGCUCAGGCCGGGCUCCCCUGGCCCAGUGUGUGGCUCUGGCCCAGCGGCCAGGUGUGCAGCAGGGCUGGCUGAACUGCCAGCGGCUGGUCAUUGACGAGAUCUCCAUGGUGGAGGCGGACCUGUUUGACAAGCUGGAGGCUGUGGCCAGAGCUGUUCGGCAGCAGAACAAGCCAUUCGGAGGGAUCCAGCUCAUCAUCUGUGGGGACUUCCUGCAGCUGCCACCUGUGACCAAGGGCUCCCAGCCCCCGCAGUUCUGCUUCCAGGCCAAGAGCUGGAGGAGGUGUGUCCCAGUGACCCUGGAACUGACUGAAGUGUGGAGGCAGGCAGACCAGACCUUCAUCUCUCUGCUGCAGGCUAUCAGGCUGGGCAGGUGCUCAGAUGAGGUGACCCGCCAGCUCCGGGCCACUGCCACCCACAAGGUGGGGCGAGAUGGGAUUGUAGCUACAAGGCUCUGCACCCACCAGGAUGACGUGGCCCUUACCAACGAGAGGCGGCUGCAAGAGCUGCCAGGUGAGGUACACAACUUUGAGGCUAUAGACAGUGACCCUGGUCAAGCCCGGACCCUGGACGCUCAGUGUCCUGUUAGUCGGCUCCUUCGUCUAAAGCUGGGGGCCCAGGUGAUGUUGGUGAAGAACUUAUCAGUGUCCCGCGGCCUGGUGAAUGGCGCCAGAGGGAUAGUAGUUGGGUUCGAGACCGAGGGGAGAGGGCUGCCCCAGGUGCGGUUCCUGUGUGGAGUCACCGAGGUCAUCCGUGCUGACCGCUGGACGGUGCAGGCCACUGGGGGCCAGCUCCUCAGCCGGCGGCAGCUGCCCCUCCAGCUGGCCUGGGCAAUAUCAAUCCAUAAGAGCCAGGGCAUGUCCCUGGAUUGCGUGGAGAUUUCUCUGAGCCGUGUGUUUGCCAGCGGCCAGGCCUACGUGGCCCUUUCCCGGGCCCGCAGUCUGCAUGGCCUGCGUGUGCUGGACUUUGACCCCAUGGUGGUUCGCUGUGACCCCCAAGUGCUGAACUUUUAUGCCACCCUGCAGCGGGGCAGGGGCCUCAGCCUGCUGCCGAGUCAUGGGGGCUUCCCACUCUCCUCUCCGCUCCCCAGGAGGAAGGCGGGACGUGAGUUUGUCAGGUGGACAAGCUGGAGAAAGGCACUGAGGAAAAGACCUUACCGUGUGCUACAAAGGCAGAGGAAUGAAAGAUGGCGUUCGAUGAUCCACUUUAUUAAAGACUUUAAAGCAAAAGAAGAUGGGGAUUGGGGAGGUCCUGGCAUUAUUUUGCCCACCCCACAGGGCCAAUGGUCAUACUCAGACCCCCCAGCCCCGCAGUAGCCCUGACCUCCCGCUCCCCAAGCACCAUACACCGCGGACCACUAGGUGGCGCCAAGUGGCUGUUCAGUCCCUUCCCAGCGACCUGGCUGGUCCUUUGUCUCAGACUGUGCCUGCAGCGGCACAGAGACACCUCAGGAGCUGGGCGCCCAGUAAGCAUAGGGAAGGGGGAGGGUCCUCUGUUGAGAAACUUGCACCGGGCAUCUGCUGAGUGUUUCAUGGUUUGCGUUCUUUAGCCCUCAUUUGUUUUUCACAAUAACCCUGAGCAGACAGUGGAACAUCAUCCUCACCUUACGGGGAGAGAAAAUUAACCUCUUGAGAGGGUAGGUGACUGGGCCAAAGCCACACUGUAAGCUGGGUCCGCAGCCUGUUCCAGCUACAGGGUCUUGGGGCUUUUGCAAAGUUAGCAGGGGGCCCUGAAGCCAGUGGCUCUUUCCUUCCCGUGUGACCUUGGACAAGCUGCCUAAAUCCUCAACCUUAGUUUCAUCAUUAGCAAAAUCAGGCUAACAGCUGAGCAACAGAGUUAGGACAAGUAAAGAACUGGGGAGGAGCCAGGCAUGUGGUGAACCCUCCCGGUUGGCACUGAGUAGCCUUUAUUAUGCCUACUUGACACCCAGAGAACAACAAAGAGGAUUAGCAGGACCCCAGAGUAAGUGAACGCUCUCUUUCAGAGUCUUCCCUCCUGGAGGACCCAGGCAGUGCCCACCAGCUAAGGGGAAGGGGAAAAUGAGGUCUUAACCCCUCUCCUACCCCCAACAAACAAGCUCCCAGCCCUGGCCAGUGAGCACAUUUGUCAGGACUGCCCCUCAGCUUUCCUCCCUCCAUCCUCUUUAUCAGAGCAUCUUCGACAACUCUUGGAGGGGGAUCUUUAGAUUUCGUUUACAGAGGAGGAGACUGAGGCUCACAGAAGGUGGGCAGCUCCAGGUCACACGGCUGUAAAUGGCAGAGCCAGGAGGGGCACCCAGGUAUCUGAGGCCUCACCUCCGUGUUCAGGGCCUUGGAGAAAAGCAGCAAGCAUGGGGUACCUCCUUGCUCCUAGCUUUGUCCCAGAAACCCACACUCAAGAUUCCAUUUCUUUAU